AUGGACAGCAAAACCAUUCCCCUUGUCCACGGAGCCCGCAUCUUGGGCGUCUGGGUGGACGAUCGUCUUAGAUUUGCACGUCACUGUAACAGAGUCCGUCAAGCUUCCUUUCCCAAACUUAACAUUCUCAGAAAGGUGUGUAGUGCCAGUGGCGCUGGAUCUCGCGCGUCGCUGUUUCGAUUUCUCCACGGAUGGCUUUUGCCAACAAUGCUUCACGGUUUCGGCAUGUUCAGUGUUGGAGGUGAUCAUAUUAAGGAAAGUCUAGAACCAGUAUUUAACCAAGCCGUCCGUAUUAUAAGUGGUGCUUUCAAAAGUAGUCCUAUUCUGUCCCUCAUGGCCGAAAGUGGACAGAUUCCCUUCGAAUAUAUCCUCUGCAAAAACCUAACUACCAAAGCUAUCCGUUGGUUGUCCUACGGUCGGGACCCUGAUGUCCCUCUGAUCAGGCGAGCUAGUAACCUCUUACAGAAAUACCAAGGAUCUCUCCCUGACAUAGCACCCCGCCCUGAACCCAGAUCCCGCAAGUUUAACUCCCCGAUUCCACAGGUUGACUUAAGCCUUCUUUCCAAAAUACGCGCAGGAGGUAGCUCCGCAGUCGCCCUGUCAUAUUUCCAUCAUCUGGUAGAGAGAAAAUAUAAACAUCUUCCUAAAUUUUACACCGACGGCUCAAAAACCACUGAUGGUCGUGUAGGUUGUGGUGUCUUCAGUAACAAUGCUAGCGUAACUCUUGCCCUACCACCUAAGUGCUCUGUAUUCAGCUCAGAGGCCUUUGCCAUUUUGAGAGCUGCACAUGACCUUUGCCCCCAUUCAAGAUCUGUCAUUUUUUCCGAUUCGGCUAGUGCUUUGAAGGCUGUUCUGGCCGGAAAUAUAAAACACCCAUGGAUAAGCGACCUAUCCGCUCUGGCUCUCCAGAAAAACAUUACUUUAUGCUGGAUACCCGGCCACGCCGGCAUCCAGGGCAACGAAGCCGCUGACCGUCUUGCUUGCGAAGGUAGUGAACAAGAACCACCCAACAUACCAAUCCCUUCUGCAGAUGUCUCUCAUUGGCUCAAAGAAUUCCUUUCUGUAACCUGGAGCAAUGAAUGGAACAGGUGCCGAGAUAACAAGUUGAGAGAGGUAAAGAACUGCACCUCAACUUGGACCGAUCGAAAGUCUUUCCUCGAACGGCGUGCUCUGACACGGUUGCGCAUCGGGCAUACAAGGUUGACCCAUGGUCACCUGAUGGAGAAAGAGGACCCUCCAGUAUGUCAUGCCUGUAAUGUACAGAUAACCGUUAAGCACAUAUUAGUGCAGUGCCAAAUCUACCAACAAGCUCGAACCGACAGUGAUCUCUCCAACAGCCUUCGCGAAAUUCUUUCAAAUGACCCAGACGAAGAGGAAAAAGUCAUAAGUUUUCUCCGAAAGAGCAACCUAUUUGCUGAAAUUUGA